ACUGUCAUUGUCUGUCACCGACGAUCUUGUAUCAUUUACUAUUUGUAUUUAUAAAAUUCAUAAUACAACUAGAUUAUCGUUUCUGUUUCCGUUCUGACAAAUGUGUUUAUGUUUAUCAGAUACUAAAGUUCGAUUUCACCAUGGUCAUGAAAAGUGAAGAAUCGGAGGGACUCACUAAAAAGUUACGUUUUAAACCUGUGUCCAAUGUUCAACAAUUUACUAGUGAUAAUAACUUUGAAGCUAAAGGCGCGAAAGAAGUAAAGAGCAAAGAUGGACGCAAAUCAACUUCUUUAUUUGCUUUUCUACACGUUGAGUUGACGAGGGGCUAUAUGCUGGAGCAUGACGAGGAGCGGUUUUCUGCGCGGCGCGAGAAAGUCUACUCGUUUAUCAAAAUCCCUCAGGAACUAGAGAAGUUCAUGGCUUAUGGGUUCUUCCAAUGUGCAGAUUCCCUACUGUUUGUGUACACCUUUCUUCCAUUAAGAUUUAUUAUGGCUUUUUGGUCAUUCUUUAGCAGAUUAUUUAGAAAAUGUUUUGGAAUCCAUCCUCACCCAUGGAAGAGCAUCUUAAAGCCUGCGGAAACAUGUGAUGUACUAAAAGGUUUCAUCCUGCUGAUCUGUAGUAUUCUAAUGUGUUAUAUUGAUACAAAUAUGAUGUAUCAUUUAGUAAAAAGUCAAAGUGUGAUGAAGUUGUAUAUAUUUUUCAAUAUGCUGGAGGUUGGAGACCGGUUGUUUUCAGCCUUCGGACAGGAUACAAUAGAUGCUCUGUUCUGGACAGCCACGGAGCCUAGAGAUAGAAGAAGGGAGCAUUUGGGGGUCAUUCCUCACUUAUUAUUUGCCAUGAUUUAUGUGUUCCUCCACAGCUUGUUAGUGCUGUUUCAAGCGACAACACUGAAUGUAGCAUUCAACUCUAACAACAAAAGCCUCCUCAUUAUUAUGAUGACUAAUAAUUUUGUCGAGCUAAAAGGCAGCGUCUUCAAGAAAUUCGACAAGAACAACUUGUUCCAAGUGUCAUGCAGCGACGUGAGAGAGCGGCUGCACCUGUCAGUGCUGCUCUUCAUUGUGGUGCUGCAGACCAUGAAGGAGUAUACGUGGCGGGAGGAGCGCUUCUGGAUACUCGCGCCGGACUGCGUGCUCGUGCUGACCUUUGAGGUCAUCAUUGACUGGGUCAAGCAUGCCUUCAUUACUAGGUUUAACGAGAUCCCAUUCGGCGUGUACCGCGAAUACACGGUCAGUUUGGCGUACGACGUGGCGCAGACUCGACAGAAAUACGCCUUCAGCGACCACUCGGACCUGGUGGCGCGGAGGAUGGGCUUCAUCCCGCUGCCGCUGGGAGUCGUCAUCACUAGAGUGCUGGUUCACGCUGUUAAAGUCGACGGAUUUGCAGCGGUGUUCUUGAUAAUAAUAGCGUAUUUGUCCCUGAUAUCGAUCAGGGUGCUUGUGUCCAUCGUCAUUUUGGGGAAAGCGUGUGAUCUGAUCUCGCAGCACCAGACUGAUAAAAACGACAGCCAUCAUACCACGCCUAAAAAGGAACCAAAAGACUUAGUUCCGAAAGAAACUCCCUGCACGUAUAAUAAUUUUAAGACACCCGAGAAAGAAGUGCCGCCCGCGAAGAAAACCGUUCAGCUGAAGUUCGAGGAACCUGAGGAAGUUAUUAAGACGGAAGCACUAGUGGACGUGUCAGUGGGCGCAGCGGCCAUCUUCUCAAACAGCGCCAUCGACAUCAACGGCGUGUGCUACCUCAACGACAAGAUGAGCCCGCAGCCCAAGCAGGAACCCGGGGACUUGCUCGACGCCGACUUGGGCGACAUGAGCCGCUCGGCGCCGGACGUGGCGGCGGCGCCGGCCGCGCACGCGCGCGCGCCCGACGCCGAGCGCGCGCCGCGCCGCUCCGAGUCCGAGCCCAACCUCGCCACCGUCGACGACGACGAGCCCGCGUAGCGGUAUUAUAUAUCAGCUUCAU